AUGUAUUCGAGAGGUGGACCAAAUCCCCCGAGUACCUGUUACACAGUCUCAAAGACAACCUCGGAGCCAGACUGUAUCGAUAUGGGCACAGCCUACUGGUACGGUGGAUCCGAAAUGAGGAAACAAUAUUGGCCAAUUAACAAAGUUAACGUACCAAUGAAGGCCUAUGUCUCUCACGAUACUAUUCAAGACAUGUUUGGGUCCGUUGUAGAGAGAUAUUUUCUUAGUUCUAACGGGACUGCUAUUACAAUGGACGAAGAUCAACCGUUAUUCGCAAGCAUCAACGACAACAAAAACAACCAAAUUUGCCUAAAGAGUCAAAACGUAAAACCAUACGCUUAUCCGAUCUUUAAAAAGGUGUCCCUCACAUAUUCUGUUUGCUCUUCAACUGAUAUAAAGGCAAUUCACGACGCCACCCGAAGCCAGUUCAAGAAACCGACGGGAAUUCCCAACCCUGAUUUAUUCCGAAAACCAAUCUGGUCCACUUGGGCUCAAUACAAGGCAGACAUCAACCAAUCCAUAGUCAUUGAUUUCUUGGAUACCAUCGAGAAAAACAACUUUACUAUUGGACAGCUGGAGAUUGAUGACAACUGGACUCCCAAAUAUGGCGACCUGACUUUUAAAACUUCAACCUUUCCCAACGCUUCUAUCAUGAUUGCCGAAAUUCAUUCCCGGAAUUUACCUGUUACUUUAUGGGUACAUCCUUUCUUGAAUAAUGACUCUGAGGGAUUUAAAACAGCCAAAGCCAAAGGGUACCUUGUAAUGAAUUGGUUAGGCACCAAACCAGCUCUGACCAACUGGUGGAAUGGAAAAGACUCGGGAGUCGUCGAUUUUACCAACCCAGCUGCAGCCAAUUGGUAUCUGGAUGAGUUAAAGAAACUUCAAGCCAUUGGCGUCGAUUCUUUCAAAUUUGAUGCAGGGGAGACUACUUAUCUACCAGUAACCCCCUACAGACUACAUAAUGGCGCCGGAAACCCCGAUAGUUAUACUGAAGCUUACGCUAGGACUGUUUCUAAAAUUGAUCUAAAGAACAGAAUAGAGAUUCGAACUGGUGUCCAGACUCAGGAUCUGCCGGUGAUGGUCAGACAGAUAGAUAAAUAUUCGACCUGGGGUUACGAUGAGGGCUUCAAGACGAUUCUAACAACGGCCUUGACCUUCAGUAUAUUCGGUUACCCGUUUGUCAUGCCGGAUUAUAUUGGUGGAAACGGAUAUAAUGGAAAUCUGCCUAGUUCUGAGCUCUACAUCCGAUGGGUUCAAGCCAAUGCAUUGAUGCCAAUAAUGCAGUUUUCUUACACUCCUUGGUUUUUCAAAAACGAGACUGUUUCUAAAAUUACCAGAGACAUGAUAGCUUUACACGAAUCUUAUGGCGAUAAAUUUGUCGCACUUGCUCGAAAUUCCACAGUCACGGGUGAUCCCAUCAUGCGACCUAUGUGGUGGAUCGCUCCGAAUGAUGAAGAAGCGCUGACUACUGAUUCUCAAUUCAUGCUUGGUGACGAUGUUUUGGUUGCUCCUGUGAUGGACCAAGGCGUGACAUCAAGACAGAUUUAUCUCCCCUCUGGCCAGUGGAAAGAUGAACUGAACGGACAAGUUAUCUCGGGACCUCGAACAUUGGACUAUCCUGUAAAAUUAGAAGAUUUGCCACGAUUUACUAAAAUUGAUUAG